CUCACUUUGCCGUUGCGCGGAAACUUGUCCCUAAUCAGUCUUGAUCACCACGUUGCCUGUCGUCGUAACGAGAUCUAGGUUCUCAUCCGAGAAUAAGGUUUCUACCCCACAGUUCUCAAACGCAAACAUGCUUAGGAGAAGGCAAGGGUAGGAUAUUAAUGAGACACUCGGUCGCGAGAUCGACGAACAGGGGAAGAGUAUAAGGGUUUGUAUGCGUGCAACGUUCAUCCUUCAAUUCCCUUUCUGGUGCGAUCCUUCCCCAUAUUCCCACUCGGUACCACUCUCUUCAGCCCUAUUGAUUUAAUUGUGCCAUCUUUGCCCUCUUUCUACCUAUGUGCAUUUGAGGUAGUCGGGCGAAACCUGGCCAGGCAGUUGCUCACACUCGUCGGUUGCAUCGAUUGAGCUCGUCAGUAGAGGAUUCCCACAAUGCAAGAACGAGGCGGACAAGUCGCCGCUGUAGCGAUUCUUUUCUUGAUCUUAACAUGGGUCACGGUAGGACUCCGGUGCUAUGUCCGAAUUUCUAUCGUGAAAGCAUUUGGGUUAGAUGACAAGCUCAUGGUACUCACUCUCGGAUUCUUUACAGCGUACCUUGGCUGCCAGCUGGGAGGGGCUGUUCACGGUACUGGCGCACGCCGCGUUAACCUCACGGACGAACAAGCGCAAACGGCCCUUCAUUACUGGUAUUUCUGCGAGAUAUUUUACACCAUCGCGACAUGUCUUCUGAAACUAGCCGUUGGGUUCUUCUUACUGCGGAUCACGGUCCAGCCAUGGCACGUUUGGAUCAUCCGGAUGAUUAUGGCAGUCGCCGCAUUCUUGGGAGUCGGAUAUACUUCUUUGGUCAUCUUCCAGUGCAAGCCCAUCUCGUACUGGUGGGAUCUGGAUCCGACCCAUGAGGGUAAAUGCCUGGAUGCAUCGCUUGUCAUGAUUUUCACGUUUGUGGUUUCAGCCUUAAACUCCUUCGCGGACUGGACGUUUGGUAUUUUGCCCGUUCUUAUCGUCAAGGACUUGCAGAUGAAGAAACGCCUGAAGGUUAUUGUUUCUGGCGUCAUUGGGCUGGCGGCCAUUGGCUCUACUGCGACGAUCAUCCGCCUACCUUAUACAUCUACCCUUAAGCCUUACAAGGGCGAUUUCCUCUACCGCACCACCGAUUUCGCCAUCUGGACCACCGUCGAAGUUGGCAUUGGUAUCACAGCCGGUUGCAUUGCCUGUCUCAAGCCUCUCGUCAAGUCCAGUUUUCUCACAACCUGGUCAGGACAGAAGUCUACUGGAAAUCCCUGGAGCAAAGGCACGGCAAGCAAGCUUGGAGGAACUGCCGGAAGGCAAACCCCUAUUGGAGGACUGGAGAUGAAGCCUGUCGUGGUUGGCAAGAACACAACGACCACGACCGUCACGGCUGGGAGGAGUAGCAGCGAUUCAGACGAGAAAGAUCUUGUAAACAAUGGCAUGUCGGUGGGAAGUUGGGACAACGGGAUCAGCAAGAGCGUAACGACCACCGUUGUGGAGGAGCGUAUGGACGACCGUCCGGGCCGCGCGUCACGCAGACCCAAGCCGAGCGAGGUUACCAUCGAACGAAGACGGAAUGGGAGCCCAGGGGGAGAUAGUGCAUCGACCCUUCACGACGAUGAGAGACGAGGGCCCGUGAGGGCAUAUGGAGCAUUUUAGCGAAUCUGAGCGAUUGUAUGAACUUCUCUUUCACAUCUCGUAACGCAGCAUAUACACAUCUGGGGGUGAUAGUAUGUCUUCACGGCUACAGAGCUGUGUACCUGCACGGCACACAUACCAUUAUAGAUUUAAUCGUAAUAGAACGAGGUCGUACGCC